AUGAAAGGGCGACGGUUUACCAUUCUUGCGGGCCUGGUGUCCCUAGUUGUUCUACUAUAUAUCUUCUUCGCGACAAAUCCAGACGAGAGACCUUUCAUACAAGAUCCUGCCCGUGAACAAAGCCCACCGCCAGCACCACCACCACCUCCUCCGCCCAAACCACAGCCGCCUGAGUUAUUUGGCGACGAAACACAGCAGGAAGAAAACAAGAGCCCCUCGACUAAUGAUGACCCGGUCCACCCUAUCGAGAGGUUGAUUGAUACCUCGAGGAAGACUUUCAAGGAUGUGCAAUCACGACAGUCGAAAACGCUGCAGCAGGCCGUCGCAGAGUACCGUCGUCGAUAUGGCCUUCAUCCGCCUCCCCAUUUCGAUGUCUGGUUUAAAUUUGCGCAGAGAAGAGGUGUUCAGAUGAUUGAUGAAUAUGAUACGAUAUUCGACUCUUUACUUCCCUUCUGGGCAGUGUCACCGAAGACCAUUCGCGAACGAGCAAGGGAGGCGAUAGGGUUCGAAAACGCCAUGAUCGGGCUACUCAUACGAAAUGGGAAUGUGACGUUGGUCGAUGGAGGCGGCGAGGGAGAGGAAUGGAAGCGGAAUGCCAUAAAGGGAAUGAUGUCGACGUUCAUAAAGUAUCUGCCCGAUAUGGACUUGGCUUUCAACAUACACGAUGAACCGAGAGUGGUGGUGUCGCAUUCUGACCUAUCUCGACUGGUGGAGCAAGGGAGACGUACGACUGCCUCUAAUGGCUUGAAGCCUGGGCCGUUGAAUAAGUGGUCUGCGCGACCAAAGGGUGUGAACAAGGGAGAUAGAAUUGACGAAGUUAGGAGAACGAGGUUCAAUAGGUUUGCUCACCAGCCUACCUGGACCAAUUCACGAAUGUCCUGCCCUCCAGACAGCCCAGCAAGACAACUGGACGACCAGACGGUGGAUAAUACAACGGCAUACUCGACAUCUACGCUGGGCUUCAUAUCGAAUACUACUGCGUUCUCCGACAUUUGCCAAACGCCUUCCCUCCGUCAGACUUUCGGCUUCUUCGAGCGACCUAACGCACUUGAUAUCGUCCAUGACCUCUUCCCAAUCUUCUCCCAAAGCAAAGUCUCCUCCUUUCAAGAUAUACUCUACCCAAGUCCGUGGUACUGGGAUGGAAAGGUCACAUAUGAAGCAGACAAGGAUAUGGAUUGGUCCCUUAAGGAGGAUCAGAUGUACUGGCGUGGUUCAACUACGGGUGGAUUCUCGCGAGCUGGCGGAUGGCGCAGACAACAUCGCCAGCUCUUCGUGCGCAAUAUCAACGGCCUGAGCCCUACCAAGAUACUCGAGAAGACCGGGGAUAACAAAUGGGCUCAAAAGCAAGUUUCACGGAGCGGCUUAAGAUCCCUAUUCAACGUGAAGUUCAGCCACGUCGGCCAAUGCGACCCGGAAGACUGCGAGGCGCAAAAGGAAUUCUUCAACAUUGUCGAACCAGCUAAACAGCAGGAUGCGUGGAAGUAUAAGUAUCUAGUCGACAUAGACGGUAAUGCGUUUAGUGGACGAUACUACGCCUUCCUGCUAAGCAACAGCUUGAUAUACAAGCUUGCUUUGUUCAGGGAGUGGCACGAUGAAUGGCUUCGGCCAUGGGUACAUUUCGUUCCCCUCAGCCUAAAGGGGACCGAACACUACGAAUCCGUCAGAUAUUUCGCGAGGGAAGAACCAGGCAAGGAAAAGGCGAUAGCUAUUGCAAAGGAGAGCCAGCAAUGGGCACAAAAAGUUUUACGCAACAAAGAUCUUGAGGUGUGGUUUUUCAGGCUUUUGUUAGAGUGA